AUGAAUUACGCCUACGAUUUCCAGUCCACCAAGCUGGUGCAUCGCCCUGGCAAGGGUAACACGGCCGAUCUCAAGCCACCAAAACCCAAAGCGGCACCGCACAGGUGCGGCCUGGACCCCGAAGACCUCACCCGACGCCUCCAGUUCGUCAUUGCCGAGCGCACGGCGUUCGAUGCGAAGCGCCAGUCACGCGUCGUCUCAUCGUCAUCGAGCAAGCCCUUUCGCACCCAGGAGACGAGCGAGGCUAAGUCUCUCCGCCGUCGAACAGUCGCCCUCGACUCGCUCAAGGACAAGCGCAAGUCCAAGGUGGUCGAUCAUCAUCAGUCAGAAAGCGGUCUGGCGGCACGGUUUCGCCGACGCCUCUCCAAAACGGCCCUGGAUGAGCAGCUCUCCGCGGAUCCAGCGCCUUCAGAAGGCCCCUAUGUCCCGCAGGUCGCGGCUUCGCAGUUUGCGGAUACAACACUGGGCGACUCGCCCCCGGACAAGUCGCACAUUCACAAACUGUCUCGGGCGGCGCUCAAGUACCACAUGGAUGGGCUCAACGGCGACUUCCAGGUUGCUUCCACAGCCGGGCCCGGUACCGCACCAAUUGCGCAGGCCAAGGCUCUACGGCGAGCACAGACUCUGCGAGAGAAGAAUUACGACCGCAACCAGUUUCAAGCCUCCAUGUCUGACAACCUCGAGCCCGUGCUUACGUCGCCGCUCGUCAAGCGUCGCAGCAUCUACACCGCGCACAACCCGGAGGAGAAGCAGCUCCGCGCAUCGCGCCGAAAGAGCACCGGGAGCUUCAAGGGCACUGAUCCGUCCCCCAGACAUUCCACUUUUUUACCACCCCUGAACCCCGCGAACCUGGCAGCCGUCGCCGAGGAUCAUCGCGUCGACUGGACGCAGAGUGACGAGGUCGCCACGACAUCGCCACCGCGGCCCAAAUCCACCUCCCCAGCCCAGAGCACCAAGGGCGAAUCUAAAUGGAAGUUCCGCGGUCGCCUCAACAGCCUUCACAGAAGCAAGGAGGAAAAGGCACCUUCGCCACCUGCUGACGCUGUGGAGAUGCCAAAACCGCCCAUGACAUCCAUCUUUGCCCGCUUCAGGCGGCUCGCAUUGAACAACACUGAAUGA